AUGUUCCGUGUGGCUCAGAUGGGUUACUAUGCUUCUCCGUCCAUACCCUGCCUUCGCCAUCUUUCACUUCUCCCCAUAGGCUGCUCCUUUAGAGCUGUCAGGGCCACCGGCGGCAGCGGCGGCGGCAACGGCGGCGGCGGCAGCAGCACCAGCAAUGGCGGCGGAAGAAGGGAAUUUUGGGAUUCGAAUGCGGAGGGCUGGAGACGACGACCGUCCGAUCGGAACGGCGACGAAGCAUCUCGCGGUGCUGCCGUUCCGUCGCUGCAAUCCCAAGGCCGGGGUAGCGAGAGGGAAAGAGGGGUGUCGGGGAUGGGGGAUGGCGCAGUGGUGAGCGCACGCGGCGGAGUUGCGGAGCGGGGGAUGGGGCGGAACUUGGGUGGCGGAGAUGCUGGGGAAAGCCCCGCCGCGGAAUGGCAGCAGCGUCGAUUCCCGCUGGUGGAUUCCGUACGACGCGAUUAUGGCAAGGAAGGCGAUGAUAACAAUUAUUACUAUAAUGGGCGUGAGUAUAACGCGUUCGGCCGUGCCAGUGGCGAGGCACGUGAUCCAAGGAGCAGCGGGGGAAUGCAGAUGGAAGGUAGAGGCUUGGAGGGCGGUGCAGAGGAGUGGAGUAGCAGGUUGGAUGGGCGCAGCGACGGACCGUUUGGAAGAGCAGCGGAGAGAGAAAUGGGAGGGGCAAGAGGAGCGGGAGGAGGAGCAGGAGGAGGGGGAGUGGAGAGCGGCAACGAUAUGCUGGCCUCAAUCCCUUGGGGGGUGCCUCUCGUGCUGGUUUUCCUGCCACUGCUCUUCGACCGCCCCUUGCUCUUCCUCUCCCUCGCGGCACUUGUGGUUCUCACACCCACCCUCCGAAACACGCUCGGCCCGCCGUUCUUGGAGCUAGGCUCGGCGCUCCUGGAGCUCUCGGUUCGGCCGAUCGUAAACGAGGAGUUGCAGGGUCAGAAAAAGCGACAGCAGCAGACACAGGAGCAGUGGUCUCAGUUCCAGAGCAGUAAUUCUCAAAGGAGGAAGGAGCCACAGGUUUGGGAUGACACUCUGGGCCCAGGUUUGGGGAUUGGGAGUGACUCAGCGUUAGGUUCGGGGAUUGCAUCGGAGGCAUGGAAGUGGGUUCGGUACCAGCUGGACGUUAUCCGAGGGGAGAUUGACCCUGGGAGUCCCGAGAGAGUGGGGAAGGAGAGCAGGGAAGGUGGUGGUGGGGCUAGGGGAUUCAGUAGCACAGAGGGGAAUUGGAGAGACAGAGAGCAAUGGGCACUGCAGCAGCAGCAGCAGCAGCAGCAGCAGCAGCAACAGCAGCAAUGGCAGGAAUGGGAAAGGCAGGGGGGAGCUGAACCAGAGGACAGGGGUUACAGAAGGAUUGGGAGCUGGCAAGGAUCAGGCGAUGGGGAAUGGCAGGAUGAGAGGAGGUGGCAGGAGGGCGAUGCCACGCAGUGGGCUGGUGGCUCUGGGGUGGGAGGCGAGGAUCAGUAUGGGAGGGUGGAGGAGAAGCAAGGGUGGGAGAUGGGGUUGCAAAGAGGUGAUGGUGGAGAGGGGGAGACGAGGUGGGAAGAGGGUUGGAGUGGAAAUGAGAAAGUACCUGGCAGUUGGUUGGGUAAGGAGGGUCGGAACAGUAACAGCAGUACGAGUGUGAACGGGAGGGGAAGUGAGUUGGAUUGGAAUGGAUGGGGAGAAGGAAAGGACAAGACUAGGUGCGGCAGUCCCUACGCUGAUCAGGUGCGGCAGUCUCUAUGCUGGCCAGGACGCCAACUGCGGCAACACGCUGCUUCUCUCCCUCGACCUGCUCGUGCAGGACGGCCUCCUCGCCCCCUCCGACCUGCGACUUUUGUUUUGAGGUGCCUCAAAUGUCCACUCUUCAAUCCUCGCUCCCCACGCCCCUCUCCCCUCCGCCAGGACGCCAACUGCGGCAACACGCUGCUGCUCUCCCUCGACCUGCUCGUGCAAGACGGCUUGCUCCACCCCUCCGACCUGCCCCCCACGCGGUAUGCUCCCUGCCCCCCUCACGGCUUGCACUUAACUGGCGGCCAAGGCACUGCAUGGUUGGAAGAAGCAGCCCUGUUCAGUGCUAAUGAUGGCGAGCAGGGGGUGGAGUUCCAGCUGCACAGCCUUCCACCAUGGUUGGAGGAAGCAGCUCUGUUCAGCGCUAUUGACGAAGAGCAGGGGGUGGAGUUCUGGUGGCUGUGGCCCAAGGAGCUCAAGGACAGAGAGCCACAGGCCUUGGCUGCUGCCAAGGAGAGACACCAGGAAUACAUUGACGAGUUUGCGGCGCAGCAGUUUCUGUUCCAGAGGCAGUGGCAGGCACUGCACCGGUACGCCAACAGCAAGGGCAUCAGCAUUAUGGGCGACAUGCCCAUCUAUGUGGGCGGACACAGCGCUGACGUGUGGGCCAACCCCGAGCAAUUCAUGCUGGACCCUGAGACCCGCGAGCCCACGUUCGUGAGUGGCGUGCCGCCCGAUGCCUUCAGCGCCACGGGGCAGCUGUGGGGCAGCCCGCUGUACAACUGGCCAGCCAUGGCCAAGGAUGGGUAUUCCUGGUGGGCGAAGCGCAUGAGGAGGGCGUUUGACCUGUACGAUGAGUUCCGCAUCGACCACUUCCGGGGGCUCGCGGGCUACUGGAGCAUCCCUGCUGAUUCAGAGACUGCCAUGAACGGCCGCUGGAUGAUGGGGCCGCGAAAGGAGUUCUUUGAGGCGAUCCGGAAGGCAGUGGACAAGCCCAUCGACAUUGUGGCUGAGGAUUUGGGUGUGAUUACAGUCGACGUGGUUGAUUUGCGCCGUGAAAUCGGCGCUCCCGGCAUGGCAGUGCUACAGUUCGCGUUUGGCAGUGACGCCAAGAACCCUCACCUGCCGCACAACCACGAGCAGAACCAAGUGGUGUACCCCGGGACUCACGACAAUGACACGGUCGUUGGUUGGUGGGAGAAAAUUCCUGAGUGGGAGAAGAAUAAUGUGCGCGUGCUGCUGGGUCUGUCGCCCCAGGAGGAGGAGGAGAUUCAGUGGGCGAUCAUCCGGGCGGCAGUCUCGUCUGUAGCACGCACCACCGUGAUUACGCUGCAGGACGUCAUGGGGCUCGACAACUCUGCUCGCAUGAACGUGCCUGCCGUGCAGGCGGGCCAGUGGGGGUGGAGGGCAGGGGAGGAGGGGCUGUUUGAGGGGCUUGGAAAGGAAGCAAGCAGGCUGAGAGCCAUUCUGGAAUCCUUCAACCGGGCGGCACCUAGUCAAGUAGGUUCUACUGGGAUGGUGGAAGAGGAUGGGGUUGAUGGGGUGGAGGAAGAGGUGGUAGUUGGGCCAGUGGUGGUGCUAGAAGAUGCAGCUAUGGUGCUGGGCGACUGGGAGUGA